GCCUUCCCUUCCCUUCCCAUCCUUCCGGCGGGGCGGGCGCUCAGCGCCAUGGGGCGGCGGCGGCUGCUGGCUGUGGCGGAGCAGCUGGCGGAGACCUGCCCGGGAGAGGCGCGAUUCCUGCUGUGGACGCUCCGCAGCUCCCGAGGCGAGUGAGGGACCCGGGCGCAGGCGGUGGAGCCGGGGCCGGAGGAGGGGGCUCCGGAGCCGGGCGCCCCAUGAUACUGGCGCGCUCCAGCGGAGGCUCCUGCCGUGCGAGAGCAGCGCAAGGACAGGACGGGAGUGUGGGAAUGAAUGCCGGCUCGCCGUUUCCCUCUCUUUGCCCCUUGCCCCUGCGCUGCCCCCGCAGGGCCGUGACGCGGGGCUGCCGGCAGCGGUGUUGAGCUGGCCAGGAAGCAGGGCCAGGUGUCCUUCGGGGGUUUUGGGAGAGGCGCCCGAGUCCAGCUCCAGCAGCAGGAGACAAUAAGGCGGAUGCCGGGAGCAAGCCUCUUGUUGGGUAAUGAACUUGGAUUAGAAAGGAUAUGUCCUUACUGCUUCCAAUUCCUGGUUCCUGACAGCUACCGAGUGCGCCUCAAACCAAAGAUGAAAGUGACUCCACAGAUAGAGAAGGUUCUUAAACGAGAGGCAAAGAAUCAUAAGCUGAACAUGAAACAGACAAAGCUUUUGAGAAAGUACAGGGAGUCAAGAAGCAUUCUGCUGGUUACUUGCAAAUCUUGCAACAAAACAAGAAGAUAUUAUGGUAAAAGCAGAGAUUUUCUGGCAGCCAAAACACAAAAUUGUGGCACUCCAGGUAUCAAAUCUAGCCUGAAGACACCAGAUGUAAAAAUUCAGUCUGCAAAGAAAAUGACACCUGUAAGCUGCAGUAGGUUGGGAUCUAAAGGGAACAGUCCCUCAUCACUUUCCAGGACACGUGAAUCUGGACAGAUAACAACCAACUCUGCUUCCAAGACUCCCCGAAAUUCCAAAUUUCACUUUUCUAAGUUAAAACGGAUGCUGGACCUAGAAGAAAAAGAGAAAAACCAGAAGGCAGAUUUCAAAACCUUCUUGACUUUACUUUAGUUAUAUAUUAUUUCAAAGUAAUAAAGAUUACAGCAAUAAAUAUUGCUCCAGUUUUAGUAAAUCAACAAGGUGAUUUCUUUAAAACUCAAGCUAACAUCCUGUACCUUGUGGAAGCAUAGACCAUGUUUUGUACAAGGAAGGUCUGUUUCUAAGGGGAGUGAUGGUCUGCCAGAGGGAGAUGUAAAGAUAGCCAGUUUAAUAUGCUUGGGGAUCUUGAGCAUGUUUUGCAGUUUCUGAUGGCCCAAGAAUUAAAAGCCAGGAUUUAUCCUUUGAAGAAGCUGAUGAUGGCCCCAUCAGGACCAUUUAAUUGUCAACAUUAAAGAUUUUCAGUUGAUGUUUGGCACAGAGGUGAGAGAGGAAAGUAUAAAGCCACUGUUCAGGACUGAGGUUAUAGCCUGUCCUGCAUACAGUCUGCAGUGAAAAUUCUGCAUGUGGUGCUUCACAUUCCCCCCUGAAAAAUAGAGCCAGUUAGUUAAAAGCAUUUACUUUCUCGGAUAUAAAGGUCUGUAUUUUCCUUUUCUUUUGCUAGUUUAAUGAAUAGUUUAAGUGCCUUCAGACUCAAUGAACACUGCUUAAGAAAUAGGACUAGCAAAUAACUUGGUAGACUGGGAAGCGGUCCAGGGCAGGGGAGAAUAGUUUGUUGUAAACUGUACUUAAGAGUCUCAGAGAUUGGCGUGCAGCCUUUUUAUAUCUCCUGUACACUUGUACAAUAACUGAAGGACUCACUGCUCAUUGUCUUGUAUGUACAUAUAGGAUGAAAAUGAACUGCCACUCUUUAAUCAAAAUACAAACCUUGGAGUGUUGCCUUUUCCAGUGUAGAACUUGGCAUUAAUUGACCUGUUGCUGUACUUACAAUCCAGUCCUCUGGAAAAACACUUCAUUUUGUUGAUGGAAAAUGUUCAUUGCACAGAAGUAUUUGAAAAUACUAAUUUUGCAAUAAAUUUUCUUAUUAAAAGUA